UGAGUUGAUUGGCCGUUCAGAGCCAACAAAAAGUCAUUCUCUUCACAUUUGUUAUAUCCCUUUCCUCAAGAAAUCUACCAAAACCGACUCAAGAGUGCUUUUGAGUCUUCUCAUCUUCGUUGAUUUUUUUUUUCUAGGGUUAGGGCUCUUGAUCGAUCUCCGCGGAAAACUCUUGCGAUCUUCUCUGAGCUAGGAUCUAAAAUUUAGAAAUGGGUGGAGAAGGAGAAAGCCAGCCGCUGACUGCUGUUGAUGGUGUUGAAGGAGGAGAAGGAGGAGGAGGAGCUGUGGCCGUGAACGUCAGGUGCUCGAAUGGAUCGAAAUUUAGUGUGAGUACGAGUCUCGAUUCGACGGUGGAGUCUUUCAAAGAGUUGGUGGCGGAGAAGAGCGAUGUGCCAGCUAAUCAGCAGCGUUUGAUUUAUAAGGGUCGGAUCCUUAAAGACGAUCAGUCUCUCCUCAGCUAUGGUUUGCAGGCUGAUCACACCGUUCAUAUGGUUCGAGGCUCUGCGCCUUCUUCAACACCUCCUUCUGCUCCGGCUGCAAAUGCUGGAAACCAAACCACUGCACCUAAUGUUACUCGAGGGGUUGGUUCAAAUGAUAGCUCAAAUCCUCUCGGUGGGGAAUCUUUGUUCCCUGGGCUUGGAUUCAAUCCUUUGGGUGGUGGGAAUGCUAUGGCUGGGUUAUUCGGAGCUGGUCUUCCAGAUCUUGAGCAGGCACAGCAGCAACUAGCUCAAAACCCUAAUAUGAUUAGAGAUAUGAUGAAUACACCAGCCAUUCAGAACCUUAUGAACAACCCAGAAUUUAUGAGGAGUAUGAUUAUGAGUAACCCGCAAAUGCGUGAGCUCGUAGAUCGCAACCCUGAGCUUGGUCAUGUGCUCAAUGACCCAAGCAUCCUUAGGCAAACCUUAGAAGCCGCGAGAAACCCGGAGCUUAUGCGUGAAAUGAUGCGGAAUACUGACAGGGCCAUGAGUAAUAUUGAAUCUAUGCCUGAGGGAUUUAACCAUCUGAGGCGUAUGUAUGAAAAUGUUCAGGAACCAUUGUUGAAUGCUACUACUAUGUCCGGGAAUGCUGGAAACAAUACGGCUUCUAAUCCUUUUGCUGCUCUCCUGGGAAACCAGGGGGUUACUACACAAGGUACCGAUGCUUCGAAUAAUUCUUCGACAACGAAUGCUGAAACGGGAACAGUGAAUAGUAUCCCAAAUGCAAAUCCACUUCCUAAUCCUUGGGGAGCUACGGCUGGCCAGACAAAUGCCCCUGGAAGGACAAACUCUGGUGGGGAUGCGAGAAGCCCUGGACUUGGUGGUCUUGGUGCCCUUGGUGGUCUUGGAGGCCUUGGUGGACUUGGUAUGCUUGGAGCGGAUUCACCUCUUGGUGCCACUCCAGAUGCUUCGCAAUUGACCCAGAUAUUGCAAAAUCCAGCCAUGUCGCAGAUGAUGCAAAGCAUGCUUUCCAAUCCGCAAUACAUGAACCAGCUUAUCAGUCUCAACCCACAACUCCGAACCAUGCUAGACGCGAAUCCUCAGUUGAGAGAAAUGAUGCAGAAUCCAGACUUCCUUCGUCAGUUUAGCUCUCCGGAGAUGAUGCAGCAAAUGAUGACUCUACAGCAAUCACUUCUCUCUCAGAAUAGGAAUACGACCACCCAGGAGCCGGGGCAGACUGGUGGUGCUGCUGCUGCAGGGACAGGCAAUAACAUGGGGCUGGAUUUGUUGAUGAAUAUGUUUGGCAGUCUCGGUGCUGGCGGCCUGAGUGGCACGAACCAAUCCAACGUUCCUCCUGAGGAACGCUACGCGACUCAGUUGCAACAGCUACAAGAAAUGGGGUUCUAUGACAGAGCAGAGAACAUAAGGGCUUUGCUUGCAACCAAUGGAAACGUUAAUGCUGCUGUAGAACGACUCUUGGGGAGUAUUGGCCAGUAGCCAGGAUCGUGAACUUGUGGAUAGAAAAACCGCAUCAAUACGGUAAUUUGUGGUCACAUCUUCUUUCUCUUUACCCAUCCCCAAAACCUUUUUUUUAAUGUAAUUUGGGUCGUCGUCGUCGUUUAACUUUCAGAUUUUAUUUGAAUUGUUACAACAUACAUCUGUAAGAGCUUGUUUCUGAACGUGGAAUGGCUACAUUUACGUUUAUCUUAUAGUUUUUCGUUGUGCUGUGUGUAUUAAUGGCUUGAGAUCAACCAAAAAAGAUUUUGAUG